GCAUGCGCUUUGAUCUGUGCCUUCUGUCCCAAGCCCUGUUCAUUGGACCUCUGCAGAUCCGCCAACCCUACAUUGAGCCCGAGAUCUGCACUCGCCGCAUCAUGGCAGAUGUUGACACGGCCGCCACUUCCCCAGCAUCUGAGAGCCAAGCAGAUGUGUUCAUCCAGCGCCGAGAUGGCCGCCUCUGGCUCGGCAAAGAUCCCUUCCGAUUCGCCGGUACGCAGAUCUUCACACGCACCAUGCUCUGCUGCAUGUGAAAUCGAUGUGCACGACCCAGGGUGCAACAUCUAUUGGCUGGGUCUUGACGAGAAUGUUGGAGGCGUGGAUUUUCCCUCUGAGUUCCGCGUACGCGACGCCCUCGAGACGGCCAAGGAGAUGCAGCUGCGGGUGGUGCGGGCGCAUACACUGGGGAUCUCUUACGGCACGGAGGACAAGUCGUUUUGCGAGGGGCCGGGCAAGUUUGUGCACGACAACCUCAGGAUGGCCGACUACGCCAUCACGGUGGCCAAAGAGGUGCGUGGUGUGGGCAAAACACGGUGGGUUCACUCGAGUGCAUUGCAAUUGCAUGAGAGUCUUGUUAUCUUACCUGGGUUGUGUCAGUUGGGUUUGCGUCUGAUAGUGCCUUUGAUGGACAAGUGGGACUACUACCACGGCGGCAUGAAGCACUUCACCAGGUGGCGGGGCAAGGAGAGGAGGGAAGACUUCUACACUGACCCGCAAGUCAUCGAGGUAGGCAACGCACAUACAGCAAAACAACAAACGCCUCUGCCUACCGUCCGUCUGCCAACCUGUGCGGGGCGGGGCGCCCACUCCCUCCCUCCCCCCGGUCAUGUUUAUGUCUGCAGGACUUCAAGACUUACAUCUCCGAGCUGGUGAGCCACGUCAACCCCCACACAGGCCUCGCGUGGAAGGACGAGCCGUGCAUCAUGUGUUGGGAGACGGGCAACGAGCUCGACUCGCCGCCCGAGUGGACGCGUCAGAUAGCCGACCACAUCAAGAAGGAGGCGCCGCGGCAGCUGGUCAUGGACGGACGAUGGGGGGUCGACCCCGCCUGCCUCGCCAUCGACAGUGUCGACAUCGUCUCCAACCACUAUUACUUUGUACCUGCUGUGGAGCUGGGUCGGGACGUCUACGGCGGGGCCUGGAGCGCUCAGCAACAGGGCAAGUGCUUCGUCGUCGGCGAAUACGGUACGGUCAGCUCAGCGGAGGGAGGGAGGGAAAAGAGAACAGAGGAAUGAUAUCCGCAGCUUUCAUCCCGUCUAUGGCUUGUCCAUUAUUGUGUUGUGCGUGUCAGAUUGGAAGGGCUACCCCUACGGCACAUUGGUACCCUUCCUGAACAUGGUGGAGAGCAGCCAGUGCGUCACAGGAGACCUCUUCUGGUAGGGUAACCAACACGCCACCGCCACCCACACCACACCACACCACACACGGGCAAUGAAUGUGUUCUGCCCUCUUCAGGUCGCUGUUCCCCCACCACGACGAUGGAGGUUUUGUGGCGCAUCACGACGGCUUCACUCUCCAUUACCCUGGCGACGACGCCCGAAUGCGCGACAGGGCGCGGCUCAUCAGGCAACACGCGUGCAGAAUGAGGUGCGUUUGAGGGACGACAAGGCGGCGGUUUAAAGCAAAGUACCAUUGGCAUGUUGUGUGGGCUCCUCAGGGGUGAUCCAGCUCCUGCUGCCCACCGCAUCCCUUCAGCGCCUCACAUCACGCAGAUCCAACACAGGUACGUAGACCUCAUAGUCACGUCUCCUCACCAAUGGAUUCACGCUUCUCUCUCUCUCUCUCUCUCUCUCCCUGUGCAGCCACAUCCGAUGGCGGGGCGCCACGGGUGCGGCGACGUAUUCGAUCGAAGUCAGCCUGUCGGACGAUACAUCCUCUGGCCACCACAAAUGGCACCCCCUCGUGCAGCAACACAUCACCGCAGACCCAAAGGAGUCCGAUGGCCAGUCAUCAGCCACGCUCGCAUCGCCCUUCUCGUCCCUCCCCCUCCUGGCCACCGACUUCUCCCCGCCAAAGUCGCGGUUUUCUCUGCCUCUCUACUUCGCCAGCCACGCAGCCCCGCUCCCGCCCGCCGCCCCGUCGGCGUGCGAGAGCCCCUUCCCGAUGUCAUGUGGCGACAACCUCUUUGUGCGGGCCAUGAAUAGGGCGAUCGAGGGCAGUGAGGCGCUCGUGUCCGAGUGGGUGGCGUGGAGGGCGGGCGAGGCAGAGGGUGGGUGGAAAACGCAUAGGGGCCUGUGGGGGGUCCUGCUGGACACUUUGUUGAAGGAGGGGCGGGUGGGUCAGAAGCAGACCCGGCUUUACUUCCGUGUGCGGGGCAUGAACCUCGAUGGUCUGCCGGGGCCGUACUCGGAUGUGGUGGCCUUUGAUGUGAGCAAGGCCAAUGGCGAGAGGGGGGCGUAGGCAGGUAGACAGACAGACCGACCGACGGGCAGAUUGACUGAUGGGGGUGUUUUGUGGCGCCUGCAUGGCUGGGAUGGCUGUGCUUGCAGUCAUCAGUUUUGUUGGGUGUGGCUAGUGCAGCAGUUCGCUUAUGAUUGUUCGGCGGUCGUCAGCGCGACAGCUCUCUGGGAGCUGCAUCCACGGGGAACUUAGCCUCCCGCUGUUCGUUGUCUCACUGCUUCAGCCUUGCUGAUCAUUCCCUCUGCAUGGCCGCUUGUGAAGAGUCCUUCUAACUAGUAAUAUGGUGACCGAAACCAAGCAGGCGUCUUUGUACAAUGGGAGACUUGUGUGACUUCUUUCAAACUGAAAAGGAUAUGGUCUGUGCGAUUUCGUUAAACUUUGCUGACAA